GGCCGCCGGAGCCGCGCCGAGAGCAGCCACGGCAGUGAGGUGUCUCUGUUCCAAGUGUCCCAGCUGUCCCUGUCUCCGUGUGUCUCAGUCCCAGGUGUCACACACUCAAGUGUCCCUGUCCCAGAUGACUGAGGUGUUCCGUGUGUCCUGGCAUCAGAAAUCCCAGUCCCAGGUGUCCCUGUCUGCAAGUGUCCCUGUUUCCAAUGUCCCAGCUGUUUCCAGGUGUCCCUCACCCAGGUGACCCAGGUGUCUCUGUUCCCUUAUAUCCCCAUUCUGCUGUCCUUGUCCCAGGUGUGCUGUCCCUAGGUGUCCCCGUUCUUCAUGUCCCAGCUGUUGUUGUCCCCAGGUAUCCUAGACCCAAGUGCCCCUGACCCAGAUGUUCCUACUCCUGUUAUCCCAUGUGUCCUCAUCCCAGCUGUCCUGACCCAGGUGUUCCAGGUGUUCCAGUCCCACAUGUCCCUACUCCCAAUGUCCCACGUGUUCUUGUCCCAGCUGCCCUAUCACCCAGAGUCCCCAUUCCCAACCUUCCAGGUCACCCAGGUGUUCCAGGUGUCCCAGCAUCAGGAGCCCCUAUCCCCCAGCAUCCGUUUCCAAUCUUCCAGGUUUCCCACAACAUCCCAAAUGUCCCUGACCCGGCUGUUCCAGGUGUCCUAACAUCACAUCCCUCUCCCUCAGUGUCCCUGUUCCCAGUCUUCCAGGUGUCCCCGAGUGUCCCAGUGCCACAGCUGUCCUUAUCUCCUAAUAUCCCAGACCCAGGUGUUCUAACCCAGCUUGCAGGUCGAGAGUGGCGACCAGCAGCCCCGGAACCCCCUCAAAAAGUGUCUCCAGAAGAGUGGCCAUGUGGUUGGGCGCCCGCCUGGACACACUGCCCACCCCAGCACUGACCAUCGACCGCAGCACGGCGCGUCGCAACGCUGAGCGCAUGCGGGAGCACUGCCGGACCCUGGGCGUCCGCCUGCGACCCCACGUCAAGACCCACAAGACGCUGGAAGGCGGUUUGUUGGCCACCGGCGGCACGCGGCGCGGCAUCGCCGUCUCCACGUUGGCCGAAGCGCGUUUCUUUGCGGACGGUGGCUUUGAUGACAUCCUGCUGGCUUACCCAUUGCCCACCGCGCGGCUGGAGGAGUGCGCAGGGCUGGCGCAGCGCCUCGAAGCCUUCCACGUGCUGCUGGACCGCCCCGAGGCGCUGGCCUGCCUGCGGCAGCGGCCACUGGCCCAUGGCAAACGCUGGCUCGUCUGGCUGAAGCUCGACUGCGGCAACGGCAGAGCUGGCGUGCGCCCGACGGACCCUGCAGCCCUGGAGCUGGCCAGGGCCAUCGCCAACGAUGCACCCAAGGAAGUGACAUUGGUUGGGGUCUAUGCACACUGUGGGAACACCUAUGGCUGCAGUGGGGCAGACGCCAUCCAGGCCAUCGCCAGGACCACCACCAACGCUGUCCUCGGCUUUGUGGCUGCGCUGAGGCAGGCUGGUGUGCCCUGUCCCCACGCCAGCAUCGGCUCCACUCCCUCCUGCAGCCACCCCAUCCCUGAGAUGUCCCAACUCACCGAGCUGCACCCGGGCAACUACAUCUUCUACGACCUGCAGCAGACACAGCUGGGCUCCUGCCAGCCCCAGGACGUGGCCAUCCGUGUCCUCACGAGGGUUAUCGGGCACUACGCGCACCGAGGGCAGCUGCUGGUGGACUGUGGCUGGACAGCACUCAGCCUGCACGGGGCAGGAGCAGGACGGGGCGCCCAGGGCUGCGCUGCCAUCGAUGGGCACCCCGAGCUGCGGUUGGUGGGGCUGACGCAGGAGCACGGGCUGCUGGAGCACGCUGAUGGACAGAUGGAUUUUGGGAAGUUCCCCGUGGGCAGCGUGCUGGCGCUCAUCCCAUACCACGUGAGUGCUGUCCCCCAUCCCCUUGUCCCCAGUGUCACCCCGUGUGUCACCCUACUCUCCCCCACAGGCGUGUGCUACGGCGGCCAUGCACCCUGUGUACUACGUGCACGAGGAGGGGCAGGUGGUGGCCCUAUGGCACCCCGUGCGUGGCUGGUAGGGCCCCAUCCCACUGCCCAUAAUGAGGACCUGCGCCCACAGUGAGAUCCUAUAGCCAUAACGAGGUCCUGUGCCCACGAUGACAUCCUACACCCACGCCGAGUUCCUGCAGUCACACCGAGAUCUUGCAACCCUGCUGAGAUCCUCAUGGCCAGCACGAGAUCCUGCAACCACACUGGGAUCCUGCAGCCGUGCUGACAUCCUGUGAGCAUCACGAGGUUGUGGAGCCAUGAUGAGACCCUACAUCCAUGAUAAGAGACCCUACACCUAUGAUGAGAGACCCUACACCCAUGAUGAGAGACCCUACAUCCAUGAUGACACCCAACACCCAUGAUGUGAUCCUACACUCAUGACGAGAUCCUGCACCCAUUAUGAGAGACCCUACACCCAUGAUGAGACCUUACACCCAUAAUGAGAGAUUCUACACCCAUGAUGAGAUCCUACACCCAUGAUGAGAGACCCUACACCCAUGAUGAGAUCCUACACCCAUAAUGAGAGAUCCUACACCUAUGAUGAGACACCCUACACCCAUGAUGAGAUCAGAUCCUACGCCUACAUCAAGAUAAUGAAACCACACUGAGAUCCUGCGGCCCUGAUCAUGUCCUGCAUCCAUGCUGAGAUCCUGUGCCCAUCUGCAAGUCCUACACCUACACCAAGAUCCUGCUGCACUCACGCUGAGAUUCCACACCUACACCAAGAUCAUGGAAUCAUGGAAUGGUUGGGGUUCGAAGGAACCCAAAGGAUCAUGAACUUCCAACCCCCUGCCACAGGCAGGGCCACCAACCUCCACAUUCAAUACUAGACCAGGCUGCCCAGAGCCUCAUCCAACUUGGCCUUGAACACCUCCAUGGACGAGGCAUCCACAGCCUCUCUGGACAGCCUAUUCCAGCACCCAUGUUGAGAUCCUACACCCACACUGAGAUCCUACACCCAUAACAAUGUCCUGCAUCCCUGCUGAGUUCCUAUACACAUCCUAAGAUCCCACACCCAAGACCCUAUACUCACAUUGAGAUCCUACAAACCUAUGCUGAGAUUCUACGCCUACACCAAGAUCCUACACCCACGCUGAGAUCCUACAAUCAUGCUGAGAUCCCAUAUUUGUGCUGAGAUUCUGCAUCCACUUCCUCAGGAGGGGUCAAUAAAGUCGCUUUUCUCA